CCCAAUCCAAAACUUUGCAUAUAAAUAACAAGUACAAAUUCGUUUGAGUCCAAAGUAUUCGCCAAAUCAAAAUCAUGUCAUGAUUACUGUCUACCCUGUAUACGUCCCUAAGAAAAUUUGGGAUCUAAAAUAUCUGUGAUUUUUCGGUUAAAAAAAUUAAAAAUCUAAAAAAAUGGAAAAUAUUCCAGAAUUUUUUCCCAACCGUGCUUAUCUGUUCCCUGUGCGCGUCGUCAUCUUGUUCUAGCCGCCGCUCAUCCUGAAGAAAAAAAAACGCACGAUUCUCCCUUAUCCUUUCUCCUCGCGCGACGGCCUGCAGCGGCCUUAUCUCCAGCAGCUAGCGCCUCAGCUCCUGCUCGAUCUUCUUCCAUGGCGCGCGCCUGCUACUGGCGCUCGGCCUCCUGCCCAUCCCCUGCGUUUUUCCCCUGCUGAAGCUUUUCCAUGGCGUCCUGUUUUCUGCGCGCGUUUCUCGGCGCCCGGCUCCCUGCUCGAGCUCCCCACCCAUGGCCGCUCUCAACCCCAUGGUCGAGCUCGCCCAGCUCCCUGCUCCGGUGACUAGCGCUCAGCGUCCGGAUCCCUGGAUGCUUGCCCUGCUCGCCGCCAUUCCGCUGGAUCCUGCGUGCUCCAGCCAUGGCGCCCUCCCUUGCUUCUCUCUCCCUCUGCCAUCCUCCAGCUCGCCCAGCCCCUGCUCCUGCUCGCCAUGGCUGCCGCGCCCUCCCAGCCGCAGAGUUACCGCGCGCGUGAGUUUCUCUGUUGGCCAUCGCUGUUCCCUGGUGCGGUCGCCUAUGCCGCGCGCUCUCUCUCCAGCGCCCACCCCCAGCUCGGCCCUCCACCUCCCUCUCGUCUGGAUACCGGUGCUGCUCGCCCUGAGCUCCUGCCUUGGCCGUCGCAGCUUCAAAUCCGUGGACGUCGCCCAUGGAAGCUCGCCGAACUGUGUCCAUAUCUUUCCUGCGUCGGUCGUGGUCUUCAAGCCCCGACGCGCGUGUCCCUGCUCCCAGAUCCAAGGCCGGUCGUCGUGUAUGCUCGCCUCGGCUGUGUGGCCAUGCUCCUGUCCCAGUCACCGCCGGUGAAGGUCCGUCCUGCAGCAGCACCCUAGUGGUCGUCGACUUGGAGAGUUGGAGCUAUGCGAUGACUCCAUGCCCGAGCUCGCCCUCAACUCUACAGCACCGCCGAGCUCGGUCCGGUCCUUUGCUGCAGCUCGUCCCCGUGGCCGCCGCAGUCCUGCCGAGAUCCCUGUCGUUCGCGCACUGCUCCUCCCUCGCCAUGCCGCGCGGAUCCCUCUCCUUCCUACCCUGCUCGGAUUGUGCCGUGCUUGCUGUCGCGUUCGGCCUCCUCCGGAUCCGAAGUUGGUCGCCUCGGUGUGAAAUCGCCGUCGCGUCCGGGGUUUACAUGUCUCCCUGCUCGCUGUCGAACUUGGGUUCUCUGCUCAGCCUUUAGCGCUAGCGCCUCGCCGUGAGGUUACCGUCUCGUCGUGAUUCCUUGGUGGUCUGUGUCUCCGCAUGUUCAAAUCGUUAACUCCGUGCACCAUCUGCUCGCUAAAUGGGAAACCAA